AUGAGUGAAUUGGGCCUGAGGCGGAAGAGCAGCGCCCAGCUGGAGGUUAUGCAAAAGGCUGGCUGGAAGAUCGAUGGAGACGAGAAGGCCUGUUACAUAGAUGUGGACGAGGAUGAGGACCAGGACACCGAAAACAUGAUAGAGUCCAACUGGCGGUACCUGCCUGAUCUGGUACUCGAGCAGAUCUUUACCUACCUCACCCCCAAGGAGCGCUAUUAUGCCGGACUGGUUUGUCGGCAGUGGUAUAGGGCCUUCUAUUUACCAACUGUUUGGAAUAACUUCUUGGUGGAUGAUCGCACUUUGACCAAACCGAAGUUCAACUACUAUUCCGGCUGGCAGUUUUGUCUGGAUCACAUGCGCACCCAGUUCUGCCUUUCGAGGAUCGGAAGAUAUGUGCGGGGAAUCGAGUUUCGACCGUGGCACAGUUUCAAUAAUAUCUUUCAGUUCAUGACCAUGUUAACGUGGAACAUUGACAAGGGCAGAGAGGUGAAUCCAGAUACACAGUUCAUUGGCAUCGGUAGUCGUAUACGAACACUGGUCUACCACUUUCCGUGCAAUAUGUCGCAGCCGAAUGAUCCUGAAGGAAUAAAGCUCUUCGGCACUGGAGGACAACUGCUGAGGGUUCUGAAGGAGCUGCUCCUGCGAUUGACAGAUCUUCACACUCUCAAGCUGGUGGACUUUGUAUUGGAACGAUACGAGGCGAAUCACUUGCUGGACGAGGUCGUCUGCAGCUGCUGCACCAAAAUGAGGGUGCUUAAUCUGGUGAAUGUAACCACAAUGCAUUGCCCCAUCAUGCAUGUGGGUCUGUUUCUCAAUCUGCAGGUGCUCACCAUAUCCCCCCAGAACAUAGACGAUGACGUUUUGUCCCUGCUGGCGGACACCAAGUUGCGCCACCUGCACCUGCUACAAAACUGCUACACACCCAGCCACCUGACAAUAAGUGCUUGCGGCGCGAAGGCCUGGCGAAAUGUGAAGAAGACCAAUCCGCGCCUGCGCGUUCACCUGCGAUUAGAGAAUCUGACGGACGGCGAGGUGGUGUUGCAGCCGGAGGCGCCUGUCCACAGCAUCACGUACUGUGCACCCCAGACCCGGAUACGGGCCGAGCUGCUUGUCCGCAUAGUGGACCACUAUAGGAGCACCCUGGCCGUCUAUGGCCACGAGCUACUGCCGCGCUUUACCAGCCCCAAGCCUUUUCACAGCCGCAUCGACAGUUUGAUGUUGCUGAUGUGCCGGCAGUGCUUCAAUGUUGACACUCUGAUCAUACGCGAGAAAGUUUCCACCUCGACGCUUUUACUCAUUGCACAAACGGCCAAGAAUCUGCAGCAUCUCCACGUGCGACGAUUUGCUGUGAUUCUGCGAUGCGAUUGGCCAAGGCAUCCGGAGUGGAGCAAUGAGUUCUAUGCCUGGCUGAAGCGAAAUUCCCGAUCCUAUGAAGCCGUCGAGCGGGAGAUCUCACAAAUCUUGGGCUACAAGUGGCGCCUGCUUAGCGAUCGGGACUUCAAGCAGCUGACUGUGAAUGUCAAAUCAGGAGCCUAGAUGCCAAGGAUGCGACAAAUUUUUGUAUGCCCAUUAAGACUUGUGAUAAACGGUGUAGAGCUUUAAUAAAUAACCCAAAUAUUGA